UAUCGAUGACUUGGAAAAUUUAUGUAUUCAAAUUCAAAAACCAAAUUCUAAGCCCUUUCUCGUUACAACAUGGUAUAGACCACCUAAUUCGAAUACUGAUAAAUUUAAUCAUUUCGAAACGUUUAUUGAUAUGCUUGACGCAGAAAAUGUCGAGUAUUACCUAUUGGGCGACCUAAAUUGUGACCUUGGAUCGCCUACUUUAGAUUGCAAUUCGAGAUCUUUAAUUGGCAUCACUGAACUCUAUGGUUUACAUCAAUUAAUAAAUGAACCAACUCGAAUUACCGAAACUUCAUCAACUAUGAUCGAUCAUAUUUUUACCAAUACACCAGAUAAUAUUGUUUCCUCUGGUGUUUCUCAUGUCGGUAUCAGUGAUCAUAGCUUAAUUUACGCAUUCCUUAAGCUUUCUAUCAGUCCACGCAACAAAGGCCAUUCUACAAUAAGUUAUAUAAAACUUAAAAAUUUCAAUUCUGAAUAUUUUCGACGAGAUAUUUCUUUACAGAAAUGGGACGUAAUAAGGAUUUAUAAUAAUCCGAAUGAUAUGUGGCGUAUAUGGAAAACGACCUUUAACAACGUAGUGGAAAAGCAUGCCCCUUUACGAACUAGGCGAGUAAGAUCUUCUAAGGCGCCGUGGAUCACGCCUGAAUUAAAAAGGCAAAUGGAUGAAAGAGAUGUUUUGAAAAUAAAAGCUAUUCGAUCCAAAGAUAUUUGUGAUUGGACUGUUUUUAAGAAAGCUCGAAAUUCUGUAAACAAUGAAAUUAAACUUGUUAAGAAAACCUAUUAUAUGAACGCUUUUCAUGAAAACGAGAAUAAUGUUAAAAAAACUUGGGGUAUCAUCAAUGAAUUGACCUCAAGAAAACAGAUGAGUUCACGAGUAAAUGAAAUCAAAAUAAACGGGGUUUCUAUUACUGACCCCUCGGACCUAUCUGAGACGUUUAAUACUCAUUUUGCUACUAUUGGACCUAAGCUUAAGGAAAAAAUACCUGACGAAGAAAACAAUCGCUCGUAUUUAGAAUAUCUUACUUGUCACAAUAGGCGAGCGUAG